GAAAGAAACGCAACAAAUCCACAAUGAAUUUCAAAUAAACAUGUGGUUCAGGUUAACAUGCACACUAGUACUAGAUUAUACUCUCGUGUAGCUUAUCUGCGAUUGUUAUAUUGCAGCAUUACACUUGCUUGCAAGUAGUCAGAAAGUGCACUCUCUUGCUGCUCAUGGAAAGAUGCUGAAAGCAGGCUAAAAACUCUUUUCUGCGGCAGCAGAAGAAGGUUGAACAAGUAAGACUUUCAUUAGAGACCUUACGCAAUACCUAAUUAAAAACUAUUCACCGAAGUGGAGGUGGUUAGUGGUGGAUAUUUACAUGAUAUGAACCUGACAUGAACGCUUUAAUCUGAUAGGGUGUACUUGCCAUCCAGAAAUAGAACAAUUACGUAAAGGUAGCAGAGAGUAUUAUGGGAUAAGUUCAAAGAUUGAACGCCCAUAACACGUUUUACAAUUAGAUGAGGAAAGAUUCGCCGAAGUCUUUUGUGUCUUUCUGUGCCGUCUUACUCCCGCGAGAAUUAGUAAUUUACGCUGAAAAAGCUAUAACAAGAGCGUGUAGGUCAGUAAGCGUAUUUGCGUUGCUUCACUUUCGAGGAUUUACGUAUUCGAAAGCUACAACGUAACAACAUGGCGCCCAAUCGGUCUCAGACAUUGACCGUGUCAACCAACGCACAGCCAACUUCAGAUGUAGCUACGUUUGAAGAGAUGCCAUUUAAAUUGGAAAAAAGAUCAGUUUACGCGCGAUGCAGUUCAGUGAGCGUAUCAGCGGAGGAAGAAAGCGUCCAUCUGCAGGACAUGGGGAAGGAUUACUAUCGCUCGAUUGCCUCGUGGAAUUUGAAGACGACCUCUUCGGUAACUAUUCUCGGCAGCUUCACAGGUCUAGAAGCUCUCAGUUUGGAAAACUUGCCAGGCGUUUGUUCUGGACUAGACGAAGAUCCAAGACAAAGGAAAGUUAAACAGCGAGUUGCAAUCGAACCGGAGAACAAAAAUUCCAAAGAAGCCGUCGAGAAUGACGACCACAGCCAUUCCUUUUCGUUUUUAUGGCAGCAGAAAGAGGAAGUUACCCUCUUUCCACCAGACACUGCAAUUAGAUGCGAAAAGAAAACUACGAAAGUGCUCGAUUUAAAGGAUUUUAAGGAAGAAGAUGAUGAAAUGAAAGAGUUCAAAUUUGACAUUUUGACCAUCCCGUAUCCAACACAAGAGAGCUCUUGCUGUCCAGAAGGUUUUCUUUCGUUGGAACCUCUGUCAGCUUCAUCUGAAGAUCUGGAGGUUCAGGAUGACAUCUCUGUGAUAGAAGAAGAAACAAAUGAUGAAACUGCAGAAGUGAAAAUCGAAGAAGCAGGACAGUUUGUUCAAACUGAAUCUAAAAAGAGAAUUGUUCCAAGAAGGCAAGCUGGUAAAAGAGAAAAACGAAAUGUUUGGUGUAUUACUGUGCCUGAUCCUCCUGCAGUGCAACACAAGCAGGUCAAAAAAACACGGAAAAGAGUAAGGAAACCAAAAAAUAUUAGGAAACGUACUUCAAAACAUCCAUAUCUUUUCCAUGAGGAGAUCAUUGAAUCUGUCAACCACAUAAAACCUGCACCACCCAAGAAGAGAAAACCUAACUCCAACUUGAGUGAACCGAGAGACUCGGGGGUUCAAAGUGAAGGAAGCAGCAGUGGUGGUAGUGAUGAUGGGUGCAGUAGUAGCUCUGGAAGUGGUGGUGGUGGUUUUUCUGGAGGAAACAGCAGUGGUGGUGGCUGUGGAGGAAAGGGAAAUGCAGAUGAUGACGGAGGUGAUAAGAAGAAAUAUCCACAGUGGUAUUUCCCUGGUAAACAACGAACUGACACACCAGUCAGAGACAAAAAGAAAAGAUCUGAAGGAGAAGAGAAAGGUGACGGAAGUGAAGAAAAAAUGGAGGUAGAUUUCUCCAGCAGUAAUCAGUCAGGCCUCCAGAUGUUCUUACCAUCCAAAGUUGAUACUGCAGAACAGUGUCACAGCCCUGGUGAGGAAGGAACUCACAUUAGCACAACCAGAACCGGAAAGAGUGACUUUGUCUUCUUACCCCAAGAUGUUCAGCAUGCAAGUUACUGUUCGAAUGCUAAUUGCCUUAACCACAAAUGCAAGAAUGUGAAAUUAGAGUUGGAGCACAUGCAAGUUCAUAAAGAAUGGCAGUACUGUGGACGUUGUGUGAACACACGGAAUAUUGUGAAACAGCAUGCAGGUGUUUGUCGUAGGCCAGGGUGCAGGGUCCCUGACUGUGAAAGCCUCAGGAAGAGUUGUAAAAGAAAUGGAGAACCUGUUCCAGUGAGGCAGAGAAACGUUUCUCCACCAGGGCCGGGGCCAGUACCAGUAGCAGUACCUUUUGUAGCACCAGUCUUGGUACCACCAGCGCCCGCUCACAUUGAUGGCAGAGUGAUAUUCCGAGUAAUCUAUCUAUCUAGACAGGGCUCGACANAACAACUAAUAAUCCCCCCGAUUGAUAUUUUCCUUUAUCCUCACCACUUUUUGGCUUUACAUUGUAUUUAUUCUGUAAAUUCUUUCUUGGUCACCCAUGGAGUUAGAAGACUUCUUCUUUCUGCAGAACAAUCUCUUUAUGACUACAUGGAGUCAAUGUCAGAGGGACGCCUGGAUGUCGAGAAAGCCAUGUUUUAUUGGCUUCAGAUGCUCACUGCUGUGGAUUACUUGCACAACUUGAAAAUUCCUGUAAUUCACAAAGACAUCAAAGCCAAAAAUGUGCUGUUGACAGCAGAAGGUUCACGGGCCAAACUGGCUGAUUUUGACUCUGCAAGGAGGCUGCAUCACGAACUCACUGAAGCUGGUCUGAAACCCCUUGGAACAAAGGGUUUUGCUUCUCCUGAGGUUUUGGAACAGAAACCUCAUGGCAGGCCAGCUGACAUCUACAAUUUGGGAUGCUUUCUAAUUGAAUUGAUUGUUGGAGUUCCAUCCAAAGACUCCUUGCAGGAACAGAUUGAGGAGUUAGGGAACUCAAAUCAUGAACUUGGUCAGUUGGCAUUCGAUUGCACAAAGGAGAACCCACAGGACCGACCAACUGCACGUAGCUUGCUGCAGCGGCCAGUUGUUCAGGCAUUUAUGACUGGAGUGCCCAUGGAACACUGAGGUCACUCCAAGUAACUUUUGCAACAUCUGGGGCACUUAGUUGUCAUGAGCAACUUUAUUUUUCUGUUGUAUUUAAAUUGUAGGUAAUAGAUAGCUCUUAAGUUUAGAAAGUAUUACUACUUUAUGUGCUACAUUAGUUGGCAAGGUUCAAGCAGCAGUCCUUUGUUGCAAUUAAGUGGAGCAUUUUGCUAUCAUGUUAAAUAUGUAGAAUAGCUUAUUGUUUUUUAAAAACUUAAAUGUAGUCAGUUUUAGGCUGUUAACUCCUAAGAGUGACCAGCAUCUUAUUUCUCCUUACAAUAUCACCCCUGAAUCAAACAUCAAGGUCAAGCAAAUAAAAGAAAUGACCAUCAACUGAAGAAGCUCUUGAUUGUUAAUCAAAUUCUCCUUAUGAACACCAUAGGGAAUGUGUAUAGAGCAGUAUGGAGAAUAUGCAUAUUGAUGUUAGGGUGUACAGGGUUGAGGAUAAAAGCAUGGCACAUAGUAUGAAUCAAUAUAAAUGAUGCUUCAGAAGCUCAAAUUUACUUUAAACUGCUAAAAUUGCUUUUAGUGUAUUUUUAUCGUAGAAUUUUUAACGAGUACAAUUUUAAUGACAGGGUUCUAUAGAAAAGAGCCCUGAGUGCAAAUGCACGUUAAUCUCAUCAGUAUUUUGGCUCAUCCCUUCAAGAUUUUAGCUUAAAAGCUGAACAUUAGAGAACAAAUAAAACCCAACAUUGCUUUAAGAAAUCAAGGAAAGAGCCAUCAAAGGAUUAGCACUCCAAGAGUUAUAGUCUAUUGUCUUGUAGAUGUAGGUCAAUUCCUUUCUUGAUAAUGCAAUGGAAGUGCAACUUUGUAGAAAUGUUGAAGAGUAUUGCCAAGCAAUAGAAUUGCAACAGCAGCCAUGUAAUCAUCUUAUUAAUUGUUCCAAGUGGCUGUGCAUUUGUUUUAUCAUAGAUCACAUAUGACAUCAAAGUGUUAUAAGAACUAAUAAGUGGUGCACUAAGAACAGCUAUGUACGUCACUAAUGUCCUUUUAACAUUUUUUGUUCUUUUACUCUUCAAAUGCACAUCAACAUGGAAUCUACUUUUUUGUAAAUAUCAAUGAAGCAAAAACAUAGUGGGGAUAUGAUCACUGUAUCCGUCAUCCAAUAGAUAACAAGUAAGAACCAAUCAAAAUAUGUGCAUGAUUUUAUCAGCUACAUGUAUCAUAGAAAUGCUGAUGUUUGUGAGUUAUUGAAUAAAGUGUGAAGUGCCAUGAAA